AUGGAGAAGCUCAAGAGCUAUUUCCAGUUCGGGCGUAACCACCGGGUCGCCUCUGAUUCAGAAAAGGAGUUUUCAGCGCGCCAUGAGUCUCAUGCUGGUCAGCUCGUGGAAACUCCAAUCCGACUAAUAACAUGGCGCUCAGCUGUCAUGGGCAUGUUCGUGUCCAUGGGUGGCUUUCUCUUUGGCUACGACACCGGCCAGAUCUCAGGGAUUUUAGCCAUGGAAGACUUUCUACAACGGUUCGGCGAGAAAGAUGAGACUGGCAGCGGUUACCAUUUCAGCAACGUCAGAUCUGGUUUGAUUGUAGCAUUGCUUUCAGUCGGUACUUUGAUGGGCGCAUUGGCUGCCGGUCCCAUCGCAGACCGGGUUGGACGAAAGUGGUCGAUAUCCUCUUGGUGUGUUAUUCUCGCCGUCGGUAUCAUAGUUCAAGUGACUUCGGAAUCACCUAAAUGGUAUCAAAUUGUUAUUGGUCGUUGGGUUGCUGGUCUUGGUGUGGGUGCCCUUUCGUUGUUGGUUCCUCUAUACCAAGGUGAAAGUGCUCCAAGACAUAUCCGUGGGGCUAUGAUCAGCACAUAUCAAUUGUUCAUUACCCUGGGCAUAUUCGUCGCAAAUUGUAUCAACUUUGGGACCGAGGACAUGGAUAACACCGGUUCAUGGAGAAUCCCGAUGGCCAUAACCUUCUUGUGGAUUCUCAUCCUCGGACUUGGGAUGAGCCUUUUCCCGGAAUCUCCCCGAUACGAUUACAGACACGGCAAAGUCGAGCAUGCAAAGCGCACGAUGAUGAAACUUUAUGGAAUUCCAGAGAAUCAUAAAGUUCUGCAUGAGGAGCUUAUUGAAAUCCAGCAAAAGUACGAAGAAGAUCAGGCAACAAAAGACGAAAAAUGGUGGAAAAUAUUUUAUGCUCCUAGAAUGAGAUACAGACUCGUCCUCGGCAUCGUUCUCCAAGCACUUCAACAGCUUACUGGCGCCAACUACUUCUUCUACUACGGCACCGUCAUCUUCAAAGGUGCCGGUAUCUCCAACAGCUACGUCACUCAGAUGAUUCUCGGCGCUGUUAACUUCGGCAGUACUUUCCUUGGUCUAUACAAUAUUGAACAUUUUGGCCGUCGCAAGUCCCUGAUUGUCGGCGCCGGAUGGAUGUUCAUCUGCUUCCUGAUUUUCGCUUCAGUUGGUCACUUCGCCCUGGAUAGAGAUGUUCCGGAAAAUACUCCGAAGGCCGGUACCGCCAUGGUUGUCUUCGCCUGCCUCUUCAUUCUCGGAUUUGCAAGUACUUGGGGGCCUAUGGUCUGGGCUAUCAUCGCAGAAUUAUAUCCCGCCCGCUAUCGUGCACAGUCGAUGGCCCUUGCAACCGCAUCCAACUGGCUCUGGAACUUCCUCAUCGGUUUCUUCACACCUUUCAUUACCGACAAGAUUGACUUCAGAUACGGUUACGUGUUUGCCGGCUGCCUCUUUCUCGCCGCAGCCACUGUGUAUUUCGGUGUUAUUGAAGGCUCAGGCCGCACUCUGGAGGAACUAGAUACCAUGUACAUUCUCAAGGUCAAGCCGUGGAAGAGUGCCAAGUACGUGCUCCCGCCAGUUGAGGAACUGCCGCCCGAAGCCACACUGUCUCGCGUUCAAUCCCCUGCCGCGUCAUCUCGCGGUGAAGUCGACCUGAAUGAGCCAGCCUCGCAACCCCAUGCGUACAAAUAG